CAAAACAAAAAUCCUUGGCCAUGGAAAUGUUUUUAUUGGCCUUGGCCAUAGUCGUGGUGACAGUUUUAUUCUUUAGGGGCAUUAAAAUUUUCAAUUAUAUCGAUCAUGUUGCUGGCAUUAUGGAAAUGAUACCUGGACCUACACCCUAUCCGUUUGUGGGAAAUUUGUUUCAAUUUGGCCUGAGGCCGGAUGAAUAUCCCAAAAAGAUUUUACAAUAUUGCCGGAAAUAUGAAUUCCAAGGCUUCCGCUCUUUGGUAUUCUUCCAAUACCAUGUCAUGUUAAGUGAUCCAGCGGAAAUACAGAACAUGCUGUCAAGUCCGUCUCUAUUGUAUAAGGAACAUUUGUACUCCUUCCUACGUCCCUGGCUGGGUGAUGGGCUAUUGACUAGUUCCGGUGCCAGAUGGCUUAAACAUCAGAAAUUAUAUUUACCAGCCUUUGAUAGUCAGGCCAUUGAGGGCUAUAUGCAGGUUGUUAACAAGACUGGCCGAAAAUUUGUAAACAAAUUACAAGAGUAUGCUGAAAAUGGUGAUAUAUUCGAUGUACAAGAUGUAGUAAGGAAGUGUACGCUGGACAUUGUGUGUGAAAAUGCCACUGGUGUACCAAGUAAUUCACUGGACAAUCAACCAUCGAAAAUGCAUGCCGCUAUUGCUGACCUGUGCGAUGUUAUACAAGAACGUACUUUCAGCAUUGUCAAGAGAUUCGAUACUCUGUUUUAUUUAACGCCCUACUAUAGUAAACAGCGUAAGGCCCUGCGAUCCUUGAAAACUGAAAUUAAUCAGAUUGUUGAAGAACGUAGGACUCAAAUGAAGUCAGCAGACAAAGGAUUAAGCAAUGAAAAGAAUGCAGCAGAGCUUAAACCAUUUGUAAAUGUACUUUUGAAUGCCAAAUUGGAUGGAAGAGAAUUAAAAUUCCGCGAAAUCUUUGAAGAAAUUUCCACUUUUAUUUUCACGGGACAUGAUCCGACGGCAGCCGCUCUAUCCUUUACCCUGUACACACUGUCACGACAUCCGGUCAUACAGCAAAAAGUCUACGAUGAGCAGCGGAAAGUAUUCGCUGAAAAAGACGGAGAGGAAUUCAAAAAUGCCACAGCUAAGAGGGAAGAUUUACAUAAGAUGGACUACAUGGAAUUGGUGUUAAGGGAAACUUUGCGUUUGUAUCCAGCAGUGCCAUUGAUAGCAAGAACCAAUCGCAAGUCAAUUGAAAUAAAUGAUACAAAAAUAGCCAAAAGGACGACUGUCAUAAUGUGCCUGCUUGCCAUGGGCUAUAAUGAGAAAUACUUUGAAAACCCCUGUGAAUUCAGGCCAGAGAGAUUUGCUACUAUGCCAGCCACUGAUGAGAAAAACAAGGGCAUUGAGGCCUUUAAAAGUGUGCCCUUUAGUGCUGGUCCACGCAAAUGCAUAGCUGAAAAGUUUGCCAUGUUUGAAUUGAAAUCCCUAUUGUCUGCAGUUGUAAGAAAUUUUGAAAUUCUUCCACCCAAGGAUGGCUUGUCCGCUGGAAUAAAUGAUCAUUCUCGCAAGGAUUGUGUGCCGGAAAGUGAAUAUGAUCCUAUAUUGAAUAUAAGAAUAACUUUAAGAUCAGAAAAUGGAAUUUUAGUGAGACUCAAAAAGCGUAACUAAGCACUUUUUUAGAUUUAUAAACGAAUUUAUAAAAACAAAACAU